GUCUCCAUCUCCGUUUCUCUGUCGCUUUACCUUCGCUUUUAAUCAACACAAACCUCCAUUGAUCACCUUAAUUCCAUUUUCAUGGCUUCAACCAAACUUACUCAGUUUAAUCCCCUUCUUCAUUUCGUAUUAUUCAAGACUAUUCCUCACUGCAAUAUGUUGCCGGUCCUCCUCCCCUUCAGGAUUUUUCUUCACACCUACUUCUUGUCUGCCUUCCGAUUCGUUCAUCGAUACGUUUUCAGAUUUCGUAACGAUGUUCAAAGAAGUGAGCUUAUGGAAAAUGGUGGAGUCGAUUCAGAACAUUCUGAAUUUCGGGAGAAGGAGAGUGGUGAAAUGGAAAUGGAUGGUGAAGACAAUGGGAAAACUAGGAGCUCUGUUUUUUGCUCUGUUUCUAUGGAAACUAUUUCGUCUUUGAAAAUGGGAGAUUCUGAGUUUACUUGCGGGAUUAAAGAACUUGACAUGGAUAAUGUUGAUUGUACUCUUUCUUACGUUCAAUCCACUGCCUUGGAUAUAGUUUCUAAGGGAGUAAAUUCUGAUGGCUUGAAAAGUACUAACACAAUUCUUGAUGUUUACUCAGAAAAUGAUGCUUCCAAUGUGUUUGAUGUAUUGCCUGAACCAGAAGUUCAAGUUCUUUGGGAAGAUUAUCCCGAUCCGUCUGAUUCAGAAUCUGCAGAGGAAUCAACCAGUGGCUCCCCAAAGACCAAUCAUGAUCAAGUUGAUGAUUCAUCUUGCAAAGAAAUCAAGCGACUUGACUCUUUCAACAAUUUUGAGAAAGAGAAAGAAUCUGUCAAUGUUUUGGAGGAAUCAACUGAAGCAAGUUUGCAGGAGAAUCCCUCCAUGUUAAAUUAUGAUCGCAGGUAUGAACUAAACUAUCUACCAGAUCACCAGGAUAUAGUAAAGCAGCUAGAAAUGGAGCUGAGAAAUGCAAGAACUGGAGGGCUUCCAACAAUUUUUGAAGAGGAUACUGAGACAGCUGAAGCAAUUAAUGAAAAGUUCAAGUAUGAAGAAGUAAUGGGAGAGAUACAAAAGGUCUACAGGAUUUAUGCGGAGAAAAUGUGGAAACUUGAUAUCUUAAACAAUCAGAUUAUGCAUGUCAUUGGUUUGCAGCAUCUGAAAUAUCCGCUGCAAUCAGUUUCAGCACAGAACUCACAGAGCUCACAGCUAUGGUUGGGAAAAGCACGGAGGCUGGGAGCUGACCCAGUACUUGUUUUCUUAGGAGAUUUACUAAGGGACAUAGAAAUGGUGUAUGUAGGACAAGUUUGUCUUUCCUGGGAAAUGCUGCAAUGGCAGCUUAGGAAAUCCCUUGAGCUGCAACGAUAUGACUCUCAAGGUAUUCGUCAGUAUAAUCAAGUUGCUAGUGAGUUCCAACUUUUUCAAGUUAUGCUGAAAAGAUUCAUGGAGGGAGAAAGUCUUCAGGGCAACAGAGUUAACAACUAUGUCCAGAACCGCUGUGUAUUUCGUAGUCUUUUGCAAGUCCCACCCAUCAUAGAUGAUGAUUCUGCAGAAGCUGAAGGAAGAGAGUGGGAAGAUGAUUAUGACUUUUCCAGUAACUUUUUAGCAGAAAUCAUAGAGAAAUCAAUGUGGGUUUUCUAUGAAUUUCUUGUUUCUGAUAAAGAUGAUGCCAAGAACAUCCUGAAAUGCAACAGAAAGCAUCAGAUUGAACUCCAAAAUUCAGAAAAUCCACAGCUUUUGUUGGUCAACGUACAAGAUCACUUUCAGAAGUCAGAGAGAAAGGUGAAAGAUCUUCUGAGCAGAAACAAGAGAUGUUCUUUAGAUAAGCUGGGAAAGCAAGAGGAAGCUGGACUGAGUUAUUCAUUAAUGCUUCUCAUUGCGCAGGUUGACCUGAAAUUGAUUUCAAGAGUGCUGAGAAUGGGAAAAUUGACAGUCAACCAAUUAUUAUGGUGCAGCCAAAAGCUUGAUCAUCUUACGUUUAUAAACAGACAGGUUCACUUGGAACCCUCCCUUCUGCUUUUUCCCUUUUGACACUAUAUCUCAAUUUUUAUUCACAUUUAAGUAAAGUUACAAGAUAUGUAUAACACCA